AUGGAUAAGUUUUGGAUUUACGCCGCAUUCGCGUCGCUAUUCAUCGCCGUCCAAGCGCUUCAAGUCGAAUCGUUUCCAGAUUAUUUGAACGUCGACGAUAACGUAUUUUACUAUGACGACGAACUGGACUUUUCUGGUGAAAAAAAUAAGGAAUUGAGCGAGGCGAAGAAGCUAAUUUCCAACAAGCAAAAUGCGAGUGACGAAGAGAGUGAUAGGAAAGUUGUUGAAGAAAUUGAAAUGUUUAGGAACGACAACGAGGUCGAAGAAAGCCAUAUAAACGAUGAGUCGGCUGGCGCUUUGGGAGAUUAUCAGUUUGAAGAUAAUAGAUCUGAAGUUGAUGAAGAUGAAGAAAAUGUAAACGGUGAAGUUGAUAGUAAAGAACAGGAGUCUGAGGACAUUGAUCCCGAAUUAAGGGUUCUUAAUGAUUUGGCCAGUGAAAUCGAAGAUUUAAAUAAAAUUAAGGAAGCGCUAGACGAUAGUAAGACAAGAACUGAUGAUGAAAGUGAACAUAAUGUUGAUGACUUACAAGGGGAACAUUUGAACCCAGUCAAAAAGUUCGAGAUAGAUACAGACGACAUUAUCAAAAUCGAUUCCACUAUUAAGGAACUGACAGAAAAUGAAGACAAAGUUCAAGGGUCGAUGGAAUCUUUCAAUGAAAAUUUUGAUGAAAACGAUGAAGAUUUUUCUGAUAACAUCAAAGCGAAAAGCACCGAAAAUAGUGAAAUAGUCAAAGAAACAAAGACCCUAGGCACGGCAAAUGAAGAGCUUCCCGAAAAUGAUAAGGAGAUGAAGAGUCAAGAGGAAGAUGAAAAAUUUUUAAUAGGCGAGGAUGAUAUGAAAAGUUUUCAAGAGGCAUACGAUGAUUUAGACAACUGGGAUAAGUUGUUCGAUAAGUUAGAUGAAAUAGAAGCUGUUAAGGAUAAAGACGAAAUCCCCACUUCCGAAGAAAGAGAUUUCGACGAAACAUUCAAAGCUCUGAUGGAAGACUACGACUAUUUCUCUCUUAGUGAGCCAGCGACUGGAAACAAUGAAAACGAUACCAACGUUUCAAUCGAAGAACCAUUCCCAGAUGACACGCGUCCUGAUGAACAGGCGAGCCGUAAGGAAUCUACAAUUGAGUAUAUUCACGACGCCUUAGAAGCUAGUGACGAAGCCAAGAAUCCAGAUGCGGAGAUGAUAAACGAAACGUCACCGUCCCCAACCACUACUCAGUCUGUUGAAGAAGAAAAGGAAAUUGAUGAUGUCGAAGAUGAUGGAGCCGUCGAGCAGGAGGAUAAAGCUGCUGCUAACGCUACGUCUACAACCGUCGAUUAUGACCAUCUAUCUGCAUCGGAGUACGAACGCAUUAUGGACGUUUUCGAAUCCAAACACAGCGGCGAUUUUAACUUUACGUCCGAGGAUUUCGAUAAACACAUCGCCCCUGUUCACAUGACUAUCAACGAUCAGCCCGUUGUCGUCACUUCGCCCAACUAUCCAAACAACUAUCCGACGAACAACAUCGUCGACUGGAUAUUCCAAGGUGACGGUGAGGGCAUCGAGCUGAAUAUAACCGACUUCGCUGUCAACGGACACCUCGGGGACUAUCUUUUGGUGAAACCAGGCGGCGUGGAUGCUUCGGGCAAUGAAGGCCUGAUCUUCUCCUACACUCUGACCACCGAGCGCCGUUACCGGUUCAUGGACGUGAACCGGAUGUUCGUCCGCUUCGAGGCCCGGCCCGGCAUGGCCUUCAUGAGGGGCUUCAGCUUCAGUGUCAGGAUGCUCAGGCAGAUACAGCACGGGCCCGAACCGGAGCCGACGCCAGAACCCGUGGUCCGGCCCGCCCACUCGGCCAUCACGCUCAACCUGGGCGGCACGACCCUGGAGAGCUUCGUCCAGGAGCAGGUGGAGCGGGAGUUCAGGCAGAUCGUCGCCGACAUGGCGACCAUGUACAUCAACGCGAACGGCAUCGACCCCGGACUGAACUCCACG